AUGCCCAACACCAUGAGCCGCAUCAAUGAGACUGAGGACGCCCUCAGAGCGGCAGAUUUCUGUGAGCUCGUUAAAUGGGAGGCGAAGGCCCGGAUUGGAAGAUACGGUGUCAAAUAUUGCGAUGCGAGGUCUGAAACCUUCCUUGCGAGACGUCUGGAUGGCGGUUUUAAAUGUGGAAAUGAGCUCGGCAUCUUCCAGAGGGUGGUCAAAUUGCACCUCUCUGACCAUGUUGCGCAAGACAGUAUUGACACCGGUGGUUGCGUUGGGGAUGAAAACCACCGUCGACAUGUGUACUCCGAGAAUUCGCUCAUCGCUGCUCGUGAUUCGUCCAAAAGUUCGGGGAAUCGGUACUUGAUGAACGGGCACGGUGUGGCUUCACACUCAUCACGUAAGUGUCAGCACCAACCCCUGUCUGUCAAAAUCGAAGACAAUCUCGAGGCCACAAGGCAUGACAGCGUUCAUCACGAGGAUACGGAAAAAGGUAGAGUGGAAGAGCUCUCGAAAUCAGAGCAGCAGCAGAAAAAUGUGGGCAACUUGCAGCGCCGACUAAAAUCUCGACAUAUUCAGUUCUUGGCUCUUUCUGGGGCUAUUGGAACUGGUUUGUUUGUUGGCACCGGCCAGGUUCUGUCGCUGGCGGGACCGCUGUCCGCAGUGCUUGCCUAUCUCAUCACAGGCUUCAACCUCUACGCAGUUAUCAACAGCAUGGGAGAGAUGGCAACGUGGUUGCCCUUACCAGGUGCUGUACCUGUAUACGCUUCUCGGUUUGUUGAUGAAGCGCUAGGUUUUACGCUCGGCUGGAAUUAUUGGUACCAGUUCGCCAUUGGUGUUCCCAUUGAGAUCAGUGCAGCAGCUCUCGUUAUUGACUAUUGGCCCAAUGCAGUAUCCUCCGCAGUUUGGAUUACUGUCCUAUAUGUUGUCAUUUUUUUCGUCAAUAUCUUACCCGUUCGGGUCUAUGGGGAACUGGAAUUCUUCCUUGGUUCAAUCAAGCUCAUGACCAUAGUUGGCCUAAUGCUCCUCAUGCUUAUAAUUACACUCGGCGAAAGCCCCCGCCGCAAUGUCCCCAAGGCUGUACGUCGCGUUUUCUGGCGAAUCGCUAUCUUCUACGUCGGCAGUGUUUUCCUUAUUGGACUCUGUGUCUCUCCCUUUGUGAUCGCGAUUGAGAACGGCGGUAUUCACGUUUUACCGUCUAUAAUCAAUGCGGUCGUCCUUACGUCCGCCGUGUCAGCAGACAAUUCUUUCUUCUAUGCUUCCACAAGAAUUCUCUAUUCAACCGCACUUGAUGGAAAAGCACCGCGCUUCCUUCGUUACGAGAAAUUCGGAGUUCCAUAUGCUUGUGUGGCUAUUACCGGUGCCCUCAGCCUUCUCGUCUAUCUCAAUGUUUCAGCCAGCUCCGCCGAGGUUUUUUUUUGGAUUAGCAACCUCAGUUCAGUUAGCACCCUGAUUGUGUGGACAUCAAUUGCUGUGACAUAUAUUAGGUUUUACCGUGGAUUGCGGCACUAUGGAAUUUCCCGGGAUACCUUACCGUUCAAGGCACCCUUCCAGCCCUACAUGGCCUAUUUUGCUGUGAUUUUUCCCUCCACAGUGGCAUUCUUUAAUGGAUUUGACGCUUUUUUUCCGGGCCAUUUUAGUGCAAAGACAUUCGUUCCCCCUUACAUUGAUAUCCCGAUUUUUGUGAGCCUUUUCUUGGGAUACAAGGUGGUUAAAAAAACCAAACUGGUCGAAUUGGACGAUUUGGACCUAUGGUCGGGCAAAGAUGAAGCUGAUCGACUGGAGUCUAUAUGGGAAGAGCCCAAACCACGGAAUUUUAUUGAGCGAAUCUGGUUCUGGAUUGCUUGA